GUAGUCACCUCCGGCUGUCCGGCGGGUCCUGCUUGUGAAGGAACAAAGAUGGCGGCGUCCAUGCUGUGCAGCAGGACGGCAAUGUUAUGCAGGACUUUAAAAGGAAUUUCAUGUACAAAAACUGUACUUUCCGCGGACUCUCGGAGCGGGCUCCUGUUGCAGACCGCGUCCUAUAAUCCCAAACCUUUAAGGCUGAACCUCCGCGAGCAGUACAUCCCCGACAAGGACAGCGAGAAGACGCCCGAGUGGCAGAAGACGGGCCGGUAUGACCGGAAGCUGUUCGGUCGGUACGGUUCUGCGUCGGGUAUCGACCCUGCCUCGCUGUGGCCCAGCAACGAGCAGCUGGAAAAGAUGAUCGUGGAGGAAAACGAGUGGCACCCUCCGUUGGCGGUCAUGCUGAGGAGCAUCGAGGCCAAGGAGAGGGAGCAAACCGAAAAGCGGUCGACGAAGGAGAAACUCAUCGCAGCCAACAUGGCCAAAAUGCCCAAGAUGGUGGCCGACUGGCGCCGGGUGAAGCGCGAAGCCAAGAGCAAGCUGAAGGAGGAGACCGCUCGCCGCACGAAGCUGCUGGCCGAGGCCAGGGAGCGCUUUGGCUACGCUGUGGACCCCCGCAGCCCCAAGUUCUUGGAGAUGGUUGCCGAGCUGGAAAAGGAGGACAAGAAGAAGAGGAAGCUCAUGAAGCAACGGCUGAAAGAGGAGCAGGUGGCAGGACCCGUCUUACCUCCUCCUGCCCCCGUCUAGCGUUGGGCCCAAUAAAUAACUAUUUAAUGAAGACGGACGGUGUGCUGCACAAUAACCGUAUGGUCCUUGUUUGACCUGAUGGCAUCUGUAAAGACCCGGACUCAAGAAAACUGAUUUUCCUUUUAUUUCUCAUUACCUCUUAUGUAUUUAGUUGUCAGAUAAAUUAAUUUCUGUACAGACUGCAUGUCGUCUUUUUUUUUUAGAAGAUAAAUGACAAUGCUGUUACUUCAUUAAGACAAAACAGACAAUUUGUAUGGAUAAUUUAUUGAUGCAAAAAUAUUUUGUAUACAUUCUGAAGUUUCCAAAAACUGUUUACAUGCCUAAACAUUCAAAACGCACCAAGAAUGUAUGAGUGAGUCCCCGACAGUAAUGAGCUUUUUCAUUGCAACUUUAAGGAAUGAGAAAUUAAUGACUGAGUCAAAUGUCAAGCCAGUGAACCAUUUCCUAAAUUUCUAGAUUCAAAUUGUGUUUUUAAAAAAACAAACAAAUCUGUUUUGCAGUUGAAAUACCUUGAACCUAAAAGACGUUGCUGUUCUAAUUCAGCGCAGUGUGAUGAAGUCACUCAUUAUGUAAUCACGUAGAGCUUUUAUACAGUAAAAUACAGCCAUUAUACAUUUGAUUUUUUUCAGAACAUUUCUUACAUUAGAUAUUUAUAGUGGCUUUCAA